AUGGAUGGAUCAAACGUAACAUCAUUUGUGGCUGAGGAGGCCAUGAACGCCUCCACGAGCCAGAACACCUCCACGAGGCCUCCGCACCAGGAAAUCCCAGUUAUGCACUGGGUCAUCAUGAGCAUCUCCCCGCUGGGGUUUGUGGAGAACGGACUUCUCCUCUGGUUCCUCUGCUUCCGGGUGAGAAGAAACCCCUUCACGGUUUACAUCACCCACUUGUCGAUCGCAGACAUUUCAUUGCUGUUUUGUAUUUUUAUUCUGUCUGUUGACUAUGCUCUUGAUUAUGAGCUUUCUUCUGGCUAUUACUACACAAUUGUCACUUUAUCGGUGACCUUUCUGUUCGGCUACAACACAGGCCUCUAUCUGCUGGCAGCCAUUAGUGUGGAGAGGUGCCUUUUGGUCCUGUACCCCAUCUGGUACCGGUGCCACCGCCCCAAACACCAGUCGGCAUUCGUGUGUGCCCUCCUGUGGGCACUUUCUUGCUUAGUGACCACCAUGGAAUACGUCAUGUGUAUCGACAGUGGAGGGCAGGGCCACCCUCGAAGCAACUGCAGGGCGGUGAUCAUCUUCAUUGCCAUUCUGAGCUUCCUGGUCUUCACUCCACUCAUGGUGGUAUCCAGCAUAAUCUUGGUAGUUAAGAUCCGAAAGAACACAAGGACUUCCCUCUCCUCAAAGCUGUACCUGGUCAUCCUGGUUACCAUCAUUGUAUUCCUUAUUUUCGCCAUGCCCAUAAGACUCCUUUACCUGCUCUACUAUGAGUAUUGGUCAACGCUGGGGACUCUGCACCACAUUUCUCUUCUCUUCUCCACCAUCAAUAGCAGCGCCAACCCUUUUAUUUACUUCUUUGUGGGCAGCAGUAAGAAGAAGCGGUUCAAGGAGUCCUUAAAAGUGGUUCUCACCCGGGCUUUCAAAGAUGAAAUGCAACCAAGGCGCCAGGAAGACAAUGGUAAUACCAUCACUGUUGAGACCAUUGUCUGA